AUGAACAUAUCCUUGUCUGCCAAUGAUCUCUUAGCCUGCUGUGGCUUCAGAUGCGGCGACGGUUGUGAUGGAGGGUAUCCUAUUGAUGCCUGGAAGUACUUUGUCCAGAAUGGUGUAGUAACCGAAGAGUGUGAUCCCUACUUUGAUGACAUUGGCUGCUCCCACCCGGGAUGUGAGCCAGUCUACCCAACUCCAAAGUGUUCGAGGAAGUGUGUUGACAAAAACCAGCUGUGGAAGGAGGAUAAGCACUUCGGAGUAAAUGCUUAUAGAGUCGACUCUUCUGAUGUCUCUAGCAUCAUGACUGAAGUUUCUCAGAAUGGUCCAGUUGAGGUUGCAUUCACAGUUUAUGAGGACUUUGCUUACUAUAAAUCAGGAGUUUACAAGCACAUAACCGGUGGUGUUAUGGGAGGCCAUGCUGUUAAGCUUAUCGGAUGGGGAACUUCUGAAGAUGGGGAAGAUUAUUGGCUGCUUGCCAAUCAGUGGAACAGGAGCUGGGGUGAAAAUGGAUACUUCAAGAUAAGGAGAGGAACAAAUGAAUGUGGGAUUGAAGAGGAUGUGGUGGCUGGUCUUCCUUCUACCAAGAAUCUGGUUAAAAGUAUUGUUAGCAGCAGCAGCUCUGAUGCUGCUGGUAAUGGAGAUGUGGCUGCAGCUUGA